UUGCUCAUUUAAAAAAAAACAAAAAACAAAGGGUAGAAAAUAAAUGGAUGAUGAAGAGAAGGCUAUCUUCGAUCGCAUCUUCAAGCGUUUCGACAAGAAUGGGGAUGGCAAAAUCUCCUCAUCGGAGCUGGGAGAGGCACUGCAGACACUCGGCAGCGUAACGGAGGAAGAAGUGACGUCGAUGAUGUCGGAGAUCGACACCGACGGGGACGGUUACAUUUCGUAUCGGGAGUACAUUGAUUUUGCUGCUGCCAACCGUGGCCUCAUGAAAGAUCUGUCUAAAAUAUUUUAAUUCUUUCAUUUUUCAAGGUUUGGCUUUGUUGGGAGAUUUAAUCCUCUAACUCAAUGCUAUUU